AUAUAUCAAGGUGAUAGAGCUAGCUGAUCAAUGGAUCCUCUUGUGAUUGGACGAGUAAUAGGAGCCUUUCACAGGUUGCGUCUCUCUGAGGAUAUCGUCUUUAACAAUUGCUCCCAAGUUAUCAACUGCUCAAACCCUGGUAUAUAAAAGGGUUGAAGUUGGGGGAGAUAAUCUCACGACCUUUUGCACCCUGGUCUAUAAUGAAGUUGGUGGAGAUGAACUCUCAUGACUUUUAUUAGGGUGUAGAAGGUCCUGAGUUCAUCUCCACCAACUCAGAGGGAAUGGUGGAUUCUGAUGCACCUAGACCAGGAAAUUCAAAUCAAAGGGAAUAUUUGCACUGGUAAGUGCCCCUCCAAUCCAUGGCUUGCAUGGGCAACGUGGGCAAAAUCACACCCCAGCAAUAUUCUCUUCUUCAAUAUCUUACACUCACACACAGGGUAACCAAUAUUCCAAGAACAAACUUCGGUGAAGAGGUUGUGAGCUAUGAGGAUGCACGACUGAUGAUGGGAUUCAUCUUUCUUUCAUACCAUAGACAAACUAUAUAUGCUCCAGGAUGUAGUCAAAAUUUCAAUACUAGUGGCAGCGGUCUACUUCAACUUAAACCCUCAAUUUGAUUAAACUAAUCAAACUAUAUAAUUUUCUUUUGCCUUUGUUUUCUUUUUCAUAAAUGAAUUUUUUAAAAAAAUUUACUAAUAAAAGUUUCAUAAAGUUAAUAGAUGGAAUUAAAAAUAAUGCCAAAAAAGGUGACGAGUAUAAUAAAAAUACAUCACAACAAUUAUUAUUAUAAUUAAUAAUUAAGUUGUGUCCACGUCUUUCUUCGCAAGUGACUAAAUUAGUUGAAUAGAAGAGCUCAAAUAACACUUAAAAAGAAAAGAGCUCAAAUAAGAUGUGCUUAUACUAAGGCGGCUCAUAACAUUUUAUGAGUACGAUAGAAUCACUUCUUAUAUAUAAAUAUUCAUAAAUAUAAAUAUAUAUUAUAUAAAAAAU